UUCGUUACGACCGAAACUAAAGCCCACUACUCCAUACUAUAACUUCUGAAAAGCAAGUUGUUUCUAAUUGUUCUAUGUGAAAAAUAAAGGGUGAUAUUUAAUCAAAAUUUAAAACUAUGCUGAAUAACAAGCACUACGAUAUUAUUAUUUAAUCGCGCUUGAGGUAUAGUCUAAUGCACUGCGGAAAAUUAACCUUGACUAGAACUCACGGAUCGAUGAAUCUUCAUGCAAUUUGAAACCAAAAGGAAUAUAUACUUCGAUAAAAAUAUGGCCUCAGUCUACGUUUUGUUGGUCGCCUAAAAUGUUCUAUCAAUUACGUAGUUUAGUAAAAUCUAGCGAUCUGACGAAUGUUUUUACUCCUUACACAACUUUUCUCGGUAAUAAGUGCACUGAACAGCUCAUUAUAAAUAUAAAACUGCACUUCCGCUAAAACAUCUGUGGCUUAGAAUUUGAAAUCAGCGCUAUAUAGAGCAGAGAUGGAGUGACGACCCAAUCGGCAAUAUUUUUUUAUAUUUUUCUUUUAGCCCCAGAAAUAUCUGGCCUGUUAGCAAGUUGUGUCAGCCGUUUAAAUUAUAGAGACGACGUGCCACCAAUGUUUUGGUGCCACCAAUACAUUAACAAGAGGUAGCGUAGACGAGUGACUGAAUUAAUAAUGACUUAUGGACGACGCUGUGGCUGCUGGACGUUGAGCGAGCUGGAAGCAGAGAGGAGUCGGCAUAGAACAACGCUCGAACAGAACACUCGCCUCACUUCCGAAAUUCAGACUCUGCGAGACGAGCUGCUGCUGGUGCAUGACAGCGUGACGCAGCUGGAGCGCCGGUAUGCGGACCUGUCGGGACGCUACAGGGAGGCGAGGGAGCAGCUUAAUCAGGCGACCAGCUCGACCAAUGAACUGAGAGGGCAGUCUGAUGAAGCCGCGGAGGAUAACCGCAGGCUGAGAGCCAUCUGCCGGCAGCUGGAAGACCAGGUGGCGCGGCUGCGAGGGGAGGUGGAAGGCGCUACGAAGGCAGCGGAGGAGGAGCGGCUGGUGAGGCUGCGGUGCGAGGAGGACCUCACGCGGGAAGUGGAGGCCGUCGAGCGGUCGUGCAGAGCAGAGCUCAGAAGGGCAGCGUCGACCCACAGCCUCGACCUGCAGCAACUCCAGCAGGAGGUGGCACGUCUGGACGACGAGCUGCUGAGGGAGCGCGGGCAGCACUCAACCACCAAAAGGAGGCUGCAGCACCUGCACCAUCUGCUGGGCGUUCACCACCACCACCACCGCCGACACCUUCACCACCACAGCCCGCUCCUGCCACGCUCUAGGUCUUUGUCGCCCUACCUGUGUGAUGACGUGUGUGUUCCUUGAUGACGUGUGUGUUCCUUGAUGACGUGUGUGUUCCUUGAUGACGUGUGUGUUCCUUGAUGACGUGUGUGUUCAGCGCAUCGCAAAAAAUUCUGGGCUGUCUUCAUCCAAGGCGUCAAUCGUAUGAAUUCAGUCAUUAAAUCUUAGCAUGGGCGCUUAUGUUGGAGCUGAUGAUGUGCGUUAUACUUCAGGCACUUCUGGCUUCAAGAAAAGUAUUCUUUCAUUUCGUUUUUGGAAAACGUCUUCGCCCUGUUUGCCUAUUAAAAGUAAAGUAAGAUCCUU